AUGUGUGGCAUCCUCGGCGUUAUCCACGGCAACCCCUCGUCGCUCGACGCUGCCGCUGAGAUCCACCAGGCUCUUUAUUACCUGCAACAUCGCGGCCAAGAUGCCUGUGGUAUUGCCGCCUGUACCCGCAACGGUCGCAUCUACCAGUGCAAGGGAAACGGUCUCGCCGCAAAGGUCUUCCACGACGGCUCGCGCGUCGCCGACCUGCCUGGCUUCAUGGGCAUUGGUCACUUGAGAUACCCCACUGCUGGUAGCAGCGCAAACUCGGAAGCCCAGCCUUUCUACGUCAACAGUCCCUACGGCAUUGCCCUCACCCACAACGGCAAUCUGAUCAACGCCCCCGAAUUGAGAGAGUACCUUGAUCAGGUCGCUCACAGACACAUCAACACCGACAGUGACAGCGAGCUGAUGCUGAACAUCUUCGCCAACGAGUUGAACGAGACCAAGAAGGCCAGAGUCAACGCCAGCGAUUGUUUUGCCGCACUCGAGCGCAUGUACAAGCGCUGUUCCGGUGGCUGGGCCUGUACAGCCAUGCUUGCCGGUUUCGGUCUCAUCGGUUUCCGUGACGCCUAUGGCAUUCGUCCUAUGGUUCUCGGCUCCAAGCCUUCGGACGACGGCGUUGGCACUGACUACAUGAUGGCCUCCGAAUCUGUCGCCUUGUCGCAAUGUGGCUACAAAAACAUUGUUGACAUCAAGCCCGGCCAGGCCGUCAUCAUCGAGAAGGGCAAGGAGCCCGUCUUCUCUCAAGUCGCAAAGGAGUUGAAUUACGCUCCCGACAUUUUCGAAUACGUCUACUUCGCCCGCCCCGAGUCCGUCAUUGAUGGCAUCUCGGUCCAUCGCAGCCGUCAACUCAUGGGCUACCGCCUCGCCGAGACCAUCAAGCAACAGCUCUCGCCUGAGCAACUCGCAAGCAUCGAUGCCGUCAUUCCCAUUCCCGAGACCAGUCUGAUCUCUGCCUACGCUGUUUCCAAACACCUCAAGAUCCCCUACUGCCAGGGCUUCGUUAAGAACCGCUACAUUUUCCGCACUUUCAUUAUGCCAAACCAGAAGGCUCGUCAAAAGGGUGUCCGUGCCAAGCUCAAUGCCAUCCCCAUUGAGUUCCAAGACAAGAAUGUGCUUCUCGUCGAUGACAGCAUCGUCAGAGGUACUACCAGUCGCGAGAUCGUUCUCAUGGCCAAGGAGGCCGGUGCCAAACAGGUCUUCUUUGCCAGUUGUGCUCCCCCGAUCACAUAUGCUCACAUCUACGGUAUCGAUCUUGCCUCGUCUUCGGAGCUCAUUGCCCACCACAGCACUUCCCAGGAUAUUGCCAAAAAGAUUGGUGCCGAUGCCGUCGUUUACCAAUCGCUCAAAGAUCUUGAGGAGUCUUGCGCAGAGGCCAGUCCACGCCCGAAUCAAAAAUUCGAGGUUGGCGUCUUCUGCGGUACCUAUGUCACACCGGUCAACAACGACUACUUCGAGCAUCUUGAACGCAUGCGCGGAGAUGCCAAGAAGCUCAAGGUUAUGGAGAGCGCACGCGAGGCUGUCAGACAAGGCACCGCCGGCGAGGAGGAAGUGCGCAUGGCAGCGGGCGGCGUCAAAGUCGACCGCCAGGGCAACGUGGUCCCUGCCAACGAGGGCAACCAAGAACAAGUCAAAGCUGCCAGCAAGAUCACUGCCGAAGGCGAGGACGAGGAGAAGAGACCGAAAGGUGGUCUGAUGCACCGCGGUAGCCAGGAUGUGUCUUUGCACAACUUGAACGAUUAUUAA